UCUACUGCAGAUAUGAAAAGAAUGUCCUCUUUGAGAAUGUUUAAGACAUACUUCAGGGGUGUGGACGAGAACCACCUGCAUAAAAAGAGAUCAAGAGAGACACGCAGCACACACAUCCGCCCGACAGCUGAAACAUCCCAGAGUUCCAUCUCGACCUCCACCUGCAAAACUUCAUCACCCUGCUGCUCCAGCCAACCUCCAGGGGUUCCAUCAUGAAGACGGGUGCGCUGCUCUUCGUGCUGGCAGUUGCUGCCAGCCAGGUUGAGCUUUAUCUGUCUGUGACUCUUGAGUCUGGAGACAAGUUCGAUAUCAGCAGUUGUCCCAUCUUCUUUUAUGGGAAGGAAUACACAGAAGCAGAAGUGACCUUCCAUCCAGAUUCCUCUUUUUCACUUUGUUUCGAUAAUACCGAUCUGAAAGUCAAAGAGUGUCUUUUGUUGGCUGAUCAUGGUGGUGCAAACAGCGUGUUUCCAGAAACCGUGAACAUCAAAACAGAAUCUCCAUCCGCACUUCAUACCGCUCUACCAAGCAUCACGCAGGCAUCAGAAUGCUCUAAUUAUUUCACAUUACAGGAUGACGACAAGCAAUACAUUUUCUUUGAUCUCUACAAAUUUGGCUCAGAAGCAGCUUUCGUAGUUCAAACAUUGAGCGACUAUUCUCCGGCUACGCUUAACAUGGAGACAAAGAUCGGAAACAGGACUAUGGGUUCAUGGUCGUAUACCAAGAGUGAAGCGGAGGGCAUCGUUUACGAGGACCUGACCGGAUGCAGAUCAGGAGGUGUCAUUAUUUCAGAGGUCGCACAGAUAAGGAACCCAGAAAACUGCACUGUCUUGUCCUGUGAUGCCCACGAUAGCAUGGUUUUCCGUGGAUGUCCAGUUCUGGAGGUUUGCAUGGGAAACAACACAAAUAAAGAGUGUGUUCGACCACCUUCCGUGUGCACUGUGACUGGCUCCACUGUCAUCGAUUUCUUCAACGAAGUCCACUCUAUCCCUGAUCGGUGUGCUUACGAAGUGAUGAACAAUUCAGAAGUCAAGAUCUAUGCGGUUUUCGAGGAGCGACUUCUUGAAGAUGUGCUAUUUUUGAAUUACCUGCAGAUAAAUAUACAACAAACAGUAAUAUAUUUGGAACAAGGUGGCAUAGUUCGGAUUAACAGCCAAAUACAGACGCUCACCUCCACGCCUCAGCAGCUUCAGGGCGUGGAGCUCUCCAAGGACCAGACCGGAGUUACUCUGAAGACACCUGCAACCAAAACGAUAGUCCAUUUUGAUGGGGACACCGCACAUGUGACAGGAGAAAAUGUAGCACGAUCCGGCCUGUGUGGCAACCCCUUGUCUGAAAGUGAAUCCACCACCACCGUGAGCGAGUCGUUAUACUCACCAUUGUCUCCCACUGGCUGCGAUAAUCCACAAAGCAAAGACGUCGACAGCACGGUCGACUGCAGCGUCUCAAAUGAAUACUGUGGUCUAAUGUCUCAGGCCCCCUUCACUGCUUGCCACAUCAUUGACCCAGAGCCCUACAUAACCGCAUGCAAAAGCACCACGUGCAAAUACACGGCGGACAAUCGGGCAGUGGACAAUGUCGCCUGCCAGUAUAUGGAGGCUUACGCCAAGGCCUGUUUCCUGAAAGUUAACGUCACACUGGGGGACUGGAGGUCAAAUGCCAGCUGCUCUGCUACCCGUCAGGCCUCCUGUCUGGACCACUACUGCAGUGAUCAUGAGUUCUGUGUCGAGAAGCUCGGUGAAGCCGGCUGCUCCUGUCGGGCCGCCUUUGCCUCCAAGUACCAUUCAACAGACACUUUAGGCGAGCCGACAGUCUGCAUGCAGAGCUCUAUCAAAGUAACACUGGCUGAAUGUCUUCUGUGGGAUAAGGGCCUCGACUCCUCAACCUUACACCUCAACGACCCGGACUGCAAAGGUCACUCGGACAACCAGACCCACAUGUUGACAUUCCUCCUCGAAGGGGACGCCUGUGGGACGGAGGUCAUCAAAAACGACAGCCAUGUCAUCUACAAGAACAAGAUCACGAUGGGGAACAGCUCCUUGAAUGAAACCAUCACCCGCCAGAAACAGGUGGAGAUCGACUUCUCCUGCGCUGUCAUACAGCCAGAGAUCCAGAGUGCGUCUUUUAGGAUCAAAGACAGCUUUGUGUUUCAGCACAUUGAAACUGAAGUUUUGAAUUACACUGUGAUGAUGACCGCCUACACCGACGCCGGCUUCAAUCACCAUGUCGAGAAUGACACUGACAUCCAGCUGAACCAGAGGAUCUGGCUGGAGAUGAAGAUGCAGGGGCUGGACGACAACACGGUCGCCGUGGUGACCGACUCCUGCUGGACAACCAACCAGUCGUCCCCUAAUAGUAGUCUGUCAUACUACCUGGUUAUUGACAGAUGCCCGAACCCCGCUGACCAGACGGUGGAGAUGGAGGGAAACGGACUGGGACUGUCCAACUCCGUCUCUUUCCGCAUGUUUCAUUUCGCAGAUGAAAGUAGUGGGGCAAAUUCUGAAAUCUACCUGCACUGCAAACUGGUGCUGUGCCCCAAGAGCCCAUCCUGCGCUCCGGUAUGCGGUGCCACUGGUCUCAGGAAACGCAGAUCUUCCAAGCCUGGAUAUGCAGAGGGAGGCCAAGCCCUCAUCACCAUGGUCUGGAAUAAUUAGGUGAAGACAGCUCCCCUUUUGAUCACGGUGAUUCCUGACUUAAGAUGGAGCCUGAAAUGGAACAUAAUCUUUGGUGAAAUAAUAGAAGUGAAGAGUGCAAUGAAGAACAUUAUAUGAAGAAGGGUUUAGAGGGUUUUAUUUACCAUAUGCACUAUACUUCUUGGUACUGUGGGUUCUUUAUGAAUAUAUAUAAUUCCUUCUGUAAUGUACUGUUAGCUACCUUAAAUGUGAACAGCCUGAAUGCUACCUGCUGAAAACAGAAUAUCUGUGUUUUAUUGAAAUGAAGUAAAAAGAAGUGUCAGCACUCGAAGGAAAAUACUGAUGUGAUUGUGAACAUUAAAAUGUUGAUUGUUCAUCAAUUUAAGUUACAAAACAAUAAGCUUUUCAGUUAAGGGGAUACUCUCCAGGUGAAUAUGGUUAACUAAAAUAUAUCCCUAUGGAUAUCCCCAACUGAUUACUUACAAUAAGACAAUAAUUUGUUGUAUUACAAGUUUUCUUCAAUUCUAUGUUUAAAUUUGCAAAUUAGUUAUUAGUUAGUUUUGAUGAAUUUAUGAGAAAUCAACUGACGCAAAUAGACAAAGUAGUAAAAUAAACACCUAAAUGUGUACUUUGAACGUUUUCUUUCAAUUCGUGAAAGAAGACAAAAUACCCUAAAAUCCCAAAAAUGUAUCAGUGCAUGAAAAACUAUGUAAUGCCUGUAAUGUCUCACCUUAAAAUGGUGGCUGUAAUUACAUUGAGGCAAGCUGCUGUACCAUGAUUAUGCAUUAUUACUGUUAUGAGCAAAAGAAAAAGAAUAAAAAAAGAAA